AUGGCUUUGAAGGAGGCGGGCGGCAGCAUCCUGCCCAUCAGCGACAUGGUAUCCGGGCCGUCGGGCUCGCCGUUCCCCGAGGUGGUGGAGCUCAACGUGGGGGGCCAGGUGUACGUGACGAGGCACUCCACGCUGCUCAGCGUCCCGGACAGCACGCUGGCCACCAUGUUCUCCCCGUGCCGGGGCGGCCCGGCGGCGGCCCGCCAGCUGCCCAGGGACAGCCGGGCGCGCUUCUUCAUCGACCGCGACGGCUUCCUCUUCAGGUACGUGCUGGAUUACCUGCGGGACAAGCAGCUGGCGCUGCCCGAGCACUUCCCCGAGAAGGAACGCCUCCUGCGGGAGGCCGAGUACUUCCAGCUGGGCGACCUGGUGAAGCUGCUGUCGCCCAAGGUCACGAAGCAGAGCUCGCUCAACGACGAGGGCUGCCAGAGCGACCUGGAGGAUAGCAACUCGCAGGGCAGCAGCGACCGGCUUCAGCGGGCGGCGCUGGACAAGCGCUCGGGCUUCCUCACCGUGGGCUACCGCGGCUCCUACACCACGGUGCGGGACAACCAGGCGGACGCCAAGUUCCGCCGCGUCGCCCGCAUCAUGGUGUGCGGUAGGAUCGCCCUGGCCAAGGAGGUCUUCGGAGAGACCCUCAACGAGAGCCGUGACCCCGACCGGCCCCCCGAGAAGUACACCUCCCGCUUCUACCUCAAAUUCACCUACCUGGAACAAGCCUUCGACCGGCUCUCCGAGGCGGGCUUCCACAUGGUGGCUUGCAACUCCACCGGCACCGCCGCCUUCAUUAACCAGUACAGGGACGACAAGAUCUGGAGCAGCUACACAGAGUACAUCUUCUUCAGGCCCCCCCAGCGAACCGUUUCCCCCAAACAAGACCACGAAGAAAGGAAGCAUGACAAAGUUUUGGACAAGGGCAGUGAAAGUGGGACUUCCUGUAAUGAGUUAUCCACCUCAAGCUGUGACAGCCACUCAGAAGCAAGCACCCCUCAAGAAAAUGCCACCAGCACUCAGCCAUCCACAGCCCACCAGCCAAAUACUCUGACGUUGGAUCGUCCCUCUAAGAAGGCACCAGUGCAGUGGAUGCCACCCCCAGACAAACGCAGGAACAGUGAACUCUUUCAAACUCUCAUUAGCAAGUCCAGAGAAACAAAUCUUUCUAAGAAGAAGGUGUGUGAGAAGCUGAGUGUUGAGGAAGAAAUGAGGAAAUGCAUUCAAGAUUUUAAAAAAAUCCACAUUCCAGAUUACUUUCCAGAGCGCAAACGUCCCUGGCAGUCUGAACUCUUACAGAAAUAUGGGUUAUAG